AUGCCGACCAAAUCGUUCUGGGCGGUUCCAAUCAUGGGCGUGGCCGCCGUGGGCGCCAUUGCGUCGGGGGCCUCGUGUAAAUGUGCACCUGGCGAUAGCUGCUGGCCCUCUAUUGGGGCCUGGGACAAGCUUAAUGCGACAGUGUCUGGAAAGCUUAUCGCUACUAAGCCUAUCGCUCUCCCUUGUUAUCCGGGGCCCGAUUACGACGCGGCUGCCUGCGGCGCAGUUCAGGUCGGAUUGUCUCAAGACAGUUUUGUCUCGGAAAACCCCAUCGGCCUGGACUAUCCUAUUAAUAUUACGUGCCCUCCUAUCAAUGUGGCUGCCAAUGCGACCAACAUCACCGCCGACUCUUGCACCCUAGGAACCAAUCCUUUGUUUGCCGUCAAUGUGACGGAGAUCGACGAUAUUGUAGCAGCCGUACGAUUCGCACAGAAGAACAAAGUGAGGCUUGUGAUCAAGAGCACUGGACACGACGUUCUCGGCCGUAACGAUGGCUAUGGGAGUCUGGAGGUGUGGCUUCGCUACUUCCGCAAGGGCAUCACUCUUCAGGACAAGUUCAAAUCCUCGACCGGGUGCACUGCUUCUGGAUGGGACGGCUCCGCUAUGAAGAUGGCUGGCGCAUACAUGUGGGGAGAGGGCUACGCCGUGGCCAGGGAGAAUAAUUUCGUGGUCGUUGGUGGCGGAAGUGCAACCGUCUGUGGCACCGGUGGGUGGGUGCAGGGUGGUGGACACGGGCCGGGCAGCCAUACGUUCGGUCUCGGCGCCGACCAGGUCCUGGAGGCUGAGAUUGUCUUGGCCAGUGGUAGGGUGGUCACGGCCAACAGCUGCCAGAACCAGGACCUCUACUACGCAAUUCGGGGUGGCGGACCCAGCACCUACGGAGUCGUCGUGUCGACCACAGUUAAGACCUAUCCCCAGGUGAAUGUGACUGUGCAGAACCUCAGCUUCGCGCCCCGGGACUCCGCUUCCCAAGAGAGCUUCCUGGAUGCCCUGGCUGACCUCUACCUGGAGGUCCCAAGCCUGGUUGACGCGGGUUUUGCGGGUUACACUCACUGGCAAUAUGAGGGCCCGGGCCCUAUCUUUGACAACUACACUACGGGCUACACCCAUAACAUCUACACUCUAAACAGCACUCUGGAUUAUGCCGUCGCCGCCGGUCAGACGCUGCUCGACAAGAUUAACCACUACAAUGACACCAUCUACGUCAAUUCCAGCUACGUGACGUACUGGGACUACUGGAGCUUUUUCCACAACACUAGCGCUGACGUUGGCCCUGUUGGUAUCUUGUCGGCUUCUGGCUCUCGCCUCCUUGAUGGGCCGUCUUUGAGCAACGCGACUUCCGUGCGGGAGCUUGUGGGCGUCCUGGCUGGCGACGUUGGCCAGGGUGUCAUCAACGUCAUGUCUAUCGUGUCCGGUGGCAAGGUCUGGAAGGAUGCAUCCCAGGCCCACUCAGCCGUGCUCCCGGCCUGGCGCAAAGCUUAUGUGCACCAGACCGUUGCGCGCAUCAUCGGAAACAACUUGGCGGAUGAGGAGAAGCAGGCCAUCUUCCACGACAUCACGUACAACAAAAUUGGCUUCAUGAAGACCCUGGCUCCGGACAGUGGUUCGUACAUGAACGAAGCUGACUUCAACGAUCCUGACUGGAAAGUUGAUUUCUACGGCGAAAACUACCCCAGGCUCCUGGCUAUCAAGGAAUAUCACGACCCCGAGUCUCUUUUCUACUGCCCAACUUGUGUCGGAAGUGACAAGUGGCAGGCUGACUCUGUCGGACAGCUAUGCCGUGUGUAG